AUGGACUUCCAAAAGACUCUCAGUCAAACUGUGAUGCUGGAAAGCCCUCCACUCUGCUACGAGUCACUCAAUGGUUCAUGCCUGAAGUUUGUUUAUCCAAAGGAAACUCAAAUUGCUCUUUAUAUUUUGUUCAUUGUCAUGUCAUUUCUAACAGUUUUGGGGAAUUUGUUGGUGAUCAUAACCAUCAUUCACUUCAAGCAGCUGCACACACCAACUAACUACCUGAUUCUCUCUCUGGCUGUUGCUGACCUGCUUGUGGGAGGGGUGGUGAUGCCUCCCAGCAUGAUGCGCUCUGUGCAGAGCUGCUGGUAUUUGGGGACUUUAUUCUGUAAAAUACACAGCAGCCUUGAUGUCACAUUGUGCUCUGUCUCUAUUUUAAAUCUGUGUGUAAUUUCUGUAGAUCGAUAUUAUGCAGUCUGUCACCCCCUUCUGUACCACAGUAAAAUGACUCCUAAUACUACUGCAUUUAUGAUUGUUGUAUGUUGGACUGUAUCUGCUUUUGUAGGAUUCGGGAUUAUAUUUCUAGAGCUCGGUAUUCUGGGAGAAGAAGAAUAUUACUACAGUAAUGUCAUCUGUGAAGGAGGCUGUACUGUGUUUUUCAGUAAAACAGCGAGUGCUGUGUUCACAAUGCUCUGUUUCUACAUCCCUGCUGUGAUCAUGAUCGGUUUAUACCUGAAAAUAUUCCAUAUUGCUCUAAGACAAGCAAGAUUAAUUCAACAUGGCCAAAUGAAGUCUUCUCAGAGAGGUACAGCAGUGGGCAAGACUGAGAUAAAGGCAACCAAAACAUUAGCCAUCGUCAUAGGUGUGUUUCUUUUAUUUUGGGCCCCAUGUUUUAUCUGUAAUCUUGUUGAUCCAUUCAUAAGAAACAUAAUUCCACCAGUUCUGUUUGAUAUAUUUGCUUGGCUGGGCUAUUCAAAUUCUACCUGCAAUCCCGUUGUGUACGCACUGUUUUACAGCUGGUUUAGAAAAUCUUUCAGAGCCAUUCUGUUGGGAAAAAUAUUUCAGCCUAAUUCAUCCCGAACAAAGCUGUUCUGAGCAUAUUUCUGUGCAAUAAUUAAA